CAACAGUCACCAAAAAAAACAAAAUCUAAAAAUUUGAAAUCCAAAUCCGCGCUCAUUGCAAUCAAAUCUUCACCGUCAAUAAUCAAAUCCCAUCUCUCUCCCUCCGGCUUCCUCACAGAACAGAAUGUUCGCAGUCUUCUCUUAAUUUUUAUAACUCAUCAGUGAAUUUAUUGAUUAUUAAUUAAUGGCGUCGAUUCAUUAAGGAGGAGGAGGAGAAGAAGAAGAAGGAGAAGGAGAAAAUGACGACUACGAUAGAGAAGCUGUUUCUUCAGAUCUUUGAAAGGAAGUUAUCGAUUUUCGAACAAGUCAAGCACCAAGCCGAUCUCUUCGAUCACCGCCUCGCCUCUAAAUGUGUUCUUGAUGGAACUACCCCUCCUCCCUGGCUCCUCUCCCCGUCUCUCUCCUCCCUUCCAAAUGAAAAUAAAGAGGAUCUCAUAUCAGGACUCUUGCUGCCGCGUCCUCACCCUGCAAACCCUUAUUCCACUAGUGCCUACUCAGUACAGCCUGUUAUUACUACCAAUAUCAGUGACCUGCCAAGUGGUUUACACACAGAACUUGGCCUUGUCAACAAAAGAUUCGAUUCAGGUUAUAGACUGUCUGUUUUGUCACAGUUACCUGUUACUGAUGGCGUUCAAUGUAACUUAAAUGGAGUUCCUGAGCUGGAAUUUAAUGAUGCGUCUCCACAAGAUUGUAGAGAUGCAAGAAUGCCAGACAUUGUACCUGAUCACAGCCAAUCACUGGCGAGGAUUCAUAGAUCCAAAUCAAGGCAAAAGGCUCUGGAGCUUCGCAAUAGUGUGAAAACGGGUAAAACCUGUCCACGUGCUGAAAAUAAUGUUGGUUCUUGUACUAGUCGAUUUAGAGGGUCUGGGGUUACUUCUCUACAGUUUGACCAUGUUGAUCAGUCAGAGUCGCUCAAACUUGUCAAGGCAAGUAAUAAAAGUUGCGUCGGAGAAGAGGUGAAAGCAGGUGAAUGCAUGGUAAAGGAAAACUCUAGUGAUGUUUACCAUGGCAGAAGUACAAGAUCUAGAAGUUCUAGACUCAAAGCCAGCUAUGUAAGUUCUAGACUUAAAGCCAGCUAUGUGAAUGAGUCCGGGAAUGUGUGCACCUCUACUUGCCUUGCCAAAGAAGAUGAACCUAGAGAGUCUAUUUCAAAACGACAGCCUAACCAAGUUGAUUUGACAGAACUUGUUUCUGUUGUUGGUCAUGCAAGUUCUGAAGCACAAAUGGAAAAUGAAGACAAUCACAGGGGCAAUGAAAUGGCUAGCAUCAUGUACUCUGUUGGAGUUCCAAGAUAUACGAGUUCAAGCCCUCAACCCAACUCUACAAGGAAGCCUCUGGACAUGAAUAAUUCUUCCUAUAUCGACAACAAAGACAGUAGGAUUAGAGAGUCUAUUGAUGAUCCAUCACUGCAGCCCAAUUGUAUCAAUGAGAUAUCAGAAAUGGCCAAACCUUCAUGUGUUAUCUCCAAUGACAGUUAUGGAAGGGUGAAAGCAAAAGUAAGUGAUAACUGGAGCAAGGAAAAGGGAAGCGGCCUUUAUUUUGGGAGAAUAACAAGAUCUAGAAGUUCCAGCCAACGAGCUGACUUUGUGAAUGAAUCUUUGAAGCUGGACGGCUCUUGCGGUAAUGCUGAGGAAGAACCAAGGCAGCUUUCCAACCCUGUUGAUGACUUUAGGGAAUUGGUUAAACCUUUCAACAUCACUGAUGAAAGUUGUGGAGUGAAUGAAAAAAUGUUGAACUACCAGAACAGUGAAGAGAGAACUGAUUCUUAUUAUGGAAAAAUAACAAGAUCCAGAAAUUCCAAUCAGCAACUUGGAGUUGAUGGGCUUCCAAUACUGGAUACUUCAUCUAAUAUAGCAAAGGAUAAUGAUGGUUCACUCUCACAGUCCUUCGGCAGAUCAUCACAACCUCAUCAACCAUUGAAUCAGGUUAGAGAAGAAGGUGUUGACCUCCAGGAAGUGUUGGGUACUCAAGCAAAUGCCCUGCCCUGUAUUGAAAGAAAGGACAUGGUUGACCUGGGUAUAUGUGACGCAGUUGUUGCAGAAACUGAUAUAGAUUCUGAUGGGAUAGUUGAAGCUUGUUCUGUUUCUUCCAGGUCUAACUCAGAUGGUCCCAGUCAUGGAAUGGAAGUUCCAGUCUCAAGGCCAGCCACUGACUGUGUUAUGCUAGUGAAGCCCAAGCAACUUGAUUUUGAUGAUGUGGAAGACUGCGGUUGGAAUGAAAUUGGUGAUCCUGCAUCAGAGAACAAACAACAGUCUCUAUCAUCAGAGAGACGGGCUUCUACCUUGUUGCAUUCAACAGUUAAAUUGGAUAAAGUAUCUGUUAACUCCCAAGAAAGGCCCAUCUUGUCCGUUGAGAUGCCAUUGCUUGAGGACCAGGCAGUUUUUAGUAAAGAAGAUAAACCUUCGAAUGAUUCAUCUGAAGCUUUUGUUAAUGAGACUGCUCUUUUUGUUGAUGAAAAUACCAACUCUGUGCAUAAGAAAAUUAAUUCAGCCAUUUCUGAAAACCAAAAUGGAGAUUGCUACGUCAUGGGUUCAUGGCCUCAGCAUAAGAGGAGAAAGAUAGCGGGUCAACUGACUAGUUCCUUUUAUGCUUCCUCAUGUUUGAUGAGAAAGCCGUUUCAGCCUAUUGUUACGGAUCAUGUAAAUGGAAAUAUUAAUACUAUGGAAGAUUCAGAUACUGUCCAAAUAUCAAAAGGGUUUUAUAUGUCUCAUAUGGGGGAUGACAUGCAACCAAAUGCUAUCAAGAGCUCAGUUGAAGAUAUUCAUCAGAACUCAGGGCUCCAUAUGGCAUGGCCUGAAUUCUCAUCACCAAAGCUGCAAGUUGAAAAGGUUGAACCUGGCUUGGAAGGAAGGAGCGGAAGUGCAAAUAAAUGUGGAGCACGCUCACCAUCAGGUUUGACAAAAUUAUCCACUGGAGUUUCUCAAGCUAGUUCAUUGGAAAAAGUUCCAGUGGAAAACCCUACUAUUGUGAUCAUCGAUGAAACAAGGCAGCACACUGCAGAAAAGAACCAGGUUUCACUGCAACUUGAAGAUAGAUUUGAACUGGGAAGUUCUGAACUUUUGACUUGUACUGAAACAGCCAUGCAGGAAAAUAGAUUUCAUGUAGGAAGGAAUGGGAAAUCACUGUCUAAUUCAGUUAGUUCUCCACAUAGUCAAUCAAUGGAUUUGAUUGGUACCGAUCAAAGUAUGCCUGUAUAUGAGUGGUUUGGUAUGGAAACUGAGGGAAUUGACUUUGAGAAAUUGGAUCUUUCAGAUAAUGCACUAGAAAGUGCAAUUGCUGUGGAGCGGCUUUGCAAAUCUGUUUGCCUUGAAACACCUUUGUCCCAUUUUGCUACUGCAUAUAACAAACAUAAAACACUAAAUUUAUAUCAAUCUGUCCCAAAUGGAGUUUUAGAAGCGAUGGAGCUGAGCACCACCGUUAACACAAACAGUAACACUGGCAAGGAGCUUGAGGCCAGUUUGAAGUGUUUCAAUGACAAAGUCAACGACACCUUGCAUGGGAGGCUGCAUUCUGACUCCCCAGCUUUUUCUAAUGCUCCAUCCACGUGGGAAAUCAGAAAACCUUUAAUGUCUCCAGUUGGGAAGCUCUGGGAAGGAAUCACAUCGAGGUCUGGUAGUUCAGAGAAGAGAGUGAGCUCAAUUCCAGAUCUUCCCUGCAUCAGUGAAGAAAAUGAGAACAUCAUUGAGGUACCUGAAACAUUUAAGGAUGUUGUUGGUUCAGAACAGAUGAUCAGCUCAGUCAAAAGAGGGUUGCUUGCUGAUAUUACAAAUAAUCCUGAUCCUCCAAUAUCAGUUUAUGAUUCUGAAAUAGUCAGUGAUAGAUACAGUCUUGCUUCUGAGAACACAGAGUGUAGCUACACUGGCACUUGUAGAAGGGACAAAUUGAACCAAGGAAACCAGAAGGGCAACAGAAGAAAAUAUAACAUUAAGGCAAAGGAGAAUCAGAACCUAGUGGGUGUAAAUGGUGUCAAAAGAGCCAGCGAAUCUCACCAUAACAGAUUGAGUAAGCCAAUCUUAUCUGGAAAAACCAGUUUGAGAAAAGGAGGUCUGAGUCUUGCGGAGACCAAGUCUAACCUUAACAAUAUUGUGUCAAACAUUACUUCUUUUAUUCCACUUGUGCAACAAAAACAAGCAGCCGCAGUUGUUACAGGGAAAAGAGAUGUUAAAGUGAAGGCCCUGGAGGCUGCUGAGGUUGCAAAGCGUCUUGCAGAAAAGAAAGAAAAUGAAAGAAAGAUGAGGAAGGAAGCCUUGAAACUUGAGCGAGCAAAGAUGGAGGAACAAAACUUGAGGCAGUGGGAGCUAGAGAAGGAAAAGAAAGACCAAGAACAUAAGAGAAAAGAGGCAGAUAUGGCAGCAAAGAAAAGACAGAGGGAAGAAGAAGAAAAAAAGGAGAGGGAAAGGAAAAGAAAGCGUGUUGAGGAAGCAAGGAGGCAGCAGCUAGUGCAUGAGGAAAAGUUACGUGCUGAGAAAGAAGAGAGAGAAAAAAAACACCGAGCUGCAGAUGAAAGAGCAUUCGAGAACAAGAAAUCUAAGGACAAAUCAGGAAAGCAUGUUAAGAUGGAAAAAGAAAAGGGAGACAACAAUCUUCAGAAGGUGCCUGAGAGUAAACCUGUGACUUCUAUGGUUUCAACAAUUGAUGAUGGAAAAUCAGAGUUGGGUGAUUGUGGCGAUAAUUCAAAAGAAAUGACUGUCUUUUCCAAGCCAGCUGAGAAUGGCAACUUAAUGUCUAACAUAAGCCAAGAACAGGCAUAUGAGAUUUCUCCAUACAAAGGUUCGGAUGAUGAAGAUGAAGAUGAAGAGGAUGAUGAGACAGAGAAUAAUAAAUUUAUUCCGUCAUGGGCCAGUAAAAAUCAUUUAGCUUUGAUUGCUUCUUCCCAGCAAAGCAUAGACCCACGAACCAUUUUCACCCUAGACAGCUUUCCCGAUAAAUCUGAAGUUCUUUUGCCCAGAAAACUUCAGCAAAAACAGCGGGCACACCAAUGAAGUUUGACAGCAUUGUAUUUCUUAGGUCCUUCGGCAAUAACUUCAAACCCUUGUCCAGUAAAAGGUUUUGAUGAAGACUUCAUUCGUAAUUCAUGGGUAGGUGAAUUCGUAGCACACAUAAGUAGCUUAGAAUCUUAGGUUUGCUAUCAUGUGAACACUUUUAUCAUGUCUCGAUUAGCAAAGCGAGCACGCAUAACAAACUAUCUCGUUGUGUUGAUGGACCUCUGGUUGUCCAGUAAGCCGUCAAAGCGGAAAAAAGCUUCAUGUUCAUCAACAUGAAGUUGCAAAAACAGGGCAUGAUUGUUAAGUUUUCAUUUUCUAACCGAGGAUUUAGAGGAGUCUUAAACUGUUCAACGUCCUGCCGCUGUCAUUUCCAGGUGCAAGCGGAAGGUUAAGUGAUAAAACCUAGACUAGACCAAGAACCUAUUGGAAUGCUGUCUUUCAACUGAGAACAAGUGUAGCUCUAAUAUUGUUACCUUUAAUUUCAAUCUUCUUAAAAUCCUGUAUGUUUCACAGUAUUGUCUAGUGUGUUUAAUUUGUCCUCAGUGGACUAUAUUGAGGCCAUGCUUACUUAAGUAAUAGAGUAAAAACAUGAUUUCUUUAUUAA